AUGAAAAAAUUUGAGCCGCCACGAGUCACGACAUUAGAGCUGCUGCGACACGGCGUAAACGUAGUCGGGUUGGACGUCCAGUCGACAAAGCUUGAGAAACUCGCAAAUUCGUUAGAAGACGACACGAAAACACCUACAUCGAUCCCAGACGGCAUCCGGCGAGGAAUUUUCUAUCCUAAGACCUGCGACAUCACCGACGAACGAGCAGUACAGGAUGUGUUUGGCUGGGUGAAUGCUGAGCUCGGUGGCGUCAGUGUGUUGGUCAACAACGCUGGCAUCAUAAUGCGAAGCAGUCUGUUGGACGGUACGUUGAAAAAUUGGAGUUUUUUAAUGAAUAUCAAUGUAUUGGCGCAAUGUGUGUGUUCGAGAGAAGCCUACCGAUCGAUAUCUACGAACGAUAAUAUUCUUAAAGGACACAUUGUUCAAAUAAACAGUAUUGGCGGUCAUUCCAUCACUCCGUAUUACGCGCACAAAAUGUACAACGCUUCUAAAACGGCCAUCACGGUGUUGUGUGAAGGUCUUCGGCACGAACUUAGUCUUGUAAAUUCAAAGAUCAAAGUAUCGAGUAUCAGUCCGGGUAGCGUAGACACGGACAUUUUCAACACCGCUAAAUUCAGACCAUCUUCUCAGGUCGUCAGUUCAAGACCAGCUUUGAAACCGGAAGAUGUAGCAGCUAUGGUGAUCAUUACGUUGGAGACGCCUCCUAGUGUCGAAAUAGCAGAACUAACAAUUAUUCCUACCGGAUCAACUAUACAAUCUCAUGGAAUGCCUAGUCCAGUCAAAUUAUCUGAUAAAUAAUUACAAUUUUACGACCUAGUUGACCUAGUCUGUAUUAGAACCCACUAAAAAUAAACUGAUGUUUUGUUUUUUACUUGAAGAGUGCAAAAUAAAUAAUAAAUAUGUUUACA